AUGGCAGCUGAGCGCUCUCGCAAGCGAAAGCGCAACCAGGAAGAUGCUAUCGCCAAGAUAAAGAAGGGCAAGGAGGCUAAGAAGAAGGCGAGCAAGAAGAAGAAGCGAGGCUCUGAUGAUGAGGACGAUUCGGACUUCGAGGAUAUGAUGGACAUGUACAAGAAGGCGAAGCCGCUACCUGGCCAGCUGGAGAACUGCGAGCUGUGCGGAAAGCGCUUUACGGUCACGCCCUACAGCAAGGCGGCGCCGGAUGGUGGACUCCUGUGCACAAAGUGCGGGAAAGAGAUGGCGAAGGAGGCUAAGGCUACGGAGAAGGCGAACAAGCCGGUCGUACGCAAGGGCAGGAGGAAGAUCGAGAGCAACCGUCUGGACGGCUUAACGUUCCGUGGAGCGAAGACGCUGCAGACGCUUUGUAUCGAGAAGCUGGCGAACCACGCUGAAGAUAUCGAUGAGUUUGGCGUGAUGCCGGAGAACAUCAUGAACCGGCUCAGCGAGAUCUUCUCCAAGAAGCGCGCUAUGAACUCGACGACGUUCAAGCUCUUCCUGCAGCCUGAUAUGGAUACGGUGGCUAUCCACGAGGCAGCUUAUCUCGAGACAGAGGACUUCGAUCAGAUCUUUGCCGUCGUCCCCAACAUCAAGAAGCUCUCCCUCCGCCACUGCUGCCAGUUCAAGGACAGCAACGUCGACUACAUGAUCGAAAAAGCCAAGCAUCUCACCGACAUCCAGUUGCUUGGUGCCAAUCUUGUCUCAAACGACAAAUGGAUCGAUCUCUUCAUCGCCCGUGGGCACGACCUCAAGGCUCUCAAGGUCGAAUGGCUAGAUGCCGCCUUUGAUGACCAAGCUGUGGAAGCUCUCACCACCUUCUGUCCGAACCUCGAGCGCUUGAAGCUGGAGCGCUGCAAGCAGAUUGGCCCUGAGAGUAUCGACGCCAUCGCGCACCUAGAGAAGCUGGAGCACCUUACCUUGCGCUACCAGAAAGAAAUCCCGCGCGAGCGCCUCGUUAACUUGAUCGCCCAAGUCGGCGCCAACCUGCGCACGCUCUGCCUGGAGAACUUCUUGGACAGCAACGAGGAUCCGUCCGACGACAUCCUCCAGACCAUCCACGAUACCUGCCGCCACCUCACCAAGCUCCGCUUCACCGAGAACCACGAGUGCUCCGACGCCGGCUACGUCAACCUCUUCACCGACUGGGAUAACCCGCCGCUCCGCUACGCCGACAUAAACAGCACCCGCGACCUGGACAACAGCAACCCCGAGGGCCCGGAAGACUUCCCCAUCGGCCUCGCAUCCGCCGGUUUCCACGCCCUAAUGCAGCACUCCGGCCAGAAGCUCGAAUACCUCGACAUCGCCUCCUGCCGUCACAUCUCGCACGAAACCUUCGCGCACAUCUUCGACGGCAAGAAGCAAUAUCCUUGCCUGCGCGAGAUCAACGUCUCCUUCAACCCCGUUGUCGACACCACAAUCGUCGCCGGCAUCUUCCGCAGCUGCCCCCGGAUCAAGAAAGUCGUCACCUUCGGCUGCUUCGAGAUCAAAGAUGUGAUUGUCCCGCGCGGCAUCGUGCUCAUUGGCGCGCCGAAGGCCCACGAUGCGAUUGAGCAGUUUGGCGAUAUCGUGAUGGACUUCCAGAAGGAGUUGCAGAGGGAGAUGCAGCGGGAUUUGGAGAGGGGGAUGAAUCGCCUCGUUCCUGUUAUGUCGUAG